UCCCGCUCGCAGUGUGAAGCUAGCCCUCACUAUGGCACCUGCGCGACCUGCUACCCCUAAGGAAAGUGACUCGAAGCGAUCAAGAAAACUUGUGACUAUAGAAAAAAAGCUAGAAGUUUUGGACCGCUAUGACAGGGGUGAAAAAACAUCAGUUAUUGUUCAUGCUACUGGACUAAGUGAUAGCACGUUGAGGACCAUCAGGGCGAAUGCGGACAAAAUCAGAGCCAGUUCUGUUGCUGGCACAUCAGCCUCCUCUUCCCAGUGUUCCCGAGCAAGAUCCAUAGAGAUGGAGAGGAUGGAGAAGUUAUUGGCACAAUGGAUCCAACACCAGAAUAAGGAUAAUGUCCCUAUUAGCAUGGCCAUUGUACAGACGAAAGCUUUAUGCAUCUACAAGGAUCUGCUAGAAGAGGACGAGGAAGACAAAGCCAAGAAAUUCAAUGCCAGUUCUGGAUGGUUCGCUAGAUUUAAGAAACGCUAUGGCUUCCACAAUCUGAAGAUGACUGGGGAAGCUGCCUCUGCCGAUGUCGGAGCAGCCAAAACCUAUCCAGCGACCCUGAAGAAGAUCAUCGAGGAAGGUGGCUACACUUCUAAGCAGAGUUUUAAUAUAGAUGAGACAUGUCUCUUUUGGAAAAAACUGCCUAACAGGACCUACAUCACGGCUGAGGAGAAGACAGCACCUGGAUUUAAGGCUUCCAAAGAUCGUCUUACUCUCUUGUUUGGUGCCAAUGCUGAGGGAGACUGCAAACUGAAACCUGCCCUUGUCUACCACUCGGAAAAUCCACGUGCAUUGAAGGGCUACGUCAAGACCUGCUACUGGUAUUCGAACAAAAAAGGAUGGAUGACGGGGAGCAUAUUCAAGGAUUACUUUGGGAAAUUGGAGAAAGAAUUAGAACUGUACUGUGAGAAGGAAGAGAUUCCUUUCAAAAUCCUCCUCCUAUUGGAUAAUGCUCCCAGCUAUCCCCCGUCAGCAGAAAAUUUGUCAAACAACAUCCAGCUCGCUUUCUUGCCGCCAAACACCACUUCCAUACUGCAGCCAUGUGACCAGGGGAUUAUCAAGACCUUCAAGUCUUAUUAUCUACGUUCGACUCUGAUUGACCUGGUUGAGAGGACACAGAAAGACAAGAUAAGCGUGAAAGAAUAUUGGAAGCAGUUCACCAUCAAAGAUGCUCUCCGCUUCAUUAAAGAAUCUUGGGAGAAAGUGCCAUCAAAGUGCCUAAAUGGGGUUUGGAAACAUCUGUGUCCGCAAUUUGUGCACGAUUUCGUUGUCUUUGACAUCAAUGACAACGUUUUGAGGGCAAACAAAGAAAGUCUGGACAAGGCCAGGGAAGCCGGGUUUGAUGAUCUCGAGCAGAAGGAUAUUGAUGAGCUGCUGGAGUCACACAGAGAGGAGUUGACUAACGAAGAACUGUUAGAAAUGGAGAAAAUACAGAACGCGGAGUUGGAGGCAUCUCGGCCGACACCAGAAACCCCAGAGCCCGAGAAAGUGUUGACCAAAAGUGACCUAGAGAAAGCACUCGCAUCUAUAAGAGAUGGACUGGAUGUCCUUGAAGCCAAAGACCCCAAUAUUAACAGGAGUGCAACAGUGGCCAGAAAAGUUAUGUCCGAGCUGAACUGCUACAAAUUGAUGUUAGAACAAAAGAAGAAAAAAACAACGCAGACAAAACUCCAACUUUUUCAAAAGAAGGAAGAGCAGGGAGAGCGAGGCAGAGAGGGAGAGAGAGGUGGGGAGGGAGCGAGAGGCGAGGAGGAAGCACGUGAUGAUGAUCAGCCCUCUGAGGAUGAGAACACAGAAGCUGCCAAAAGAAAACAGCAUCUAUCACAGAAAGAAACAGAACCUAAGAAAGAGAAACCACCUCCAUGCAAAAAAAGGAAAGUGUUCAUGGGGACAGAGCAGGAAAAUGUCUUUGUUGUUGACGGCAUCGACACCAGCACUCAAGACAGAGCAUGCAAGAAAGAGGUCUCAUCUCGGGUAGAAGUUGGUGAUAUAGACCCUCUCAGAGAAACUGUGUCUGUCAAACAGGAAAGCGUUGAUUCUGAAGAGGGAGAAGAUGGUCUCUUUGAAAACAAAGACUUGAAUUUAAACGAAGUACUACAGGUCAAAGAGGAAGUCACCAUAAAGGAGGAACAUAUAGAAGUUUUUGACUAUACUGACUGGGUUUAAGGUGGAGUCCUGUGUAGUAGAGAAGAGACACUUUUGGCUACACCAACACAGUGAUAAGCUUCUGCACACUUUGUUGUACAGUCUAUAUUUGCCUUUUUCAUUGUUCCUAGAUCUCCUCAUAAGAAGUACCAUCCUAGGAGAUGGGCCCAAGAGAAGCAUGGAGGCAGUCAUUGAAGAUUUCCAUAAUUAUGCCAGAUAACAGCAAAUUGCAGUGCAAAGAUUGGUAUUGCAGUGUAGCAACUGCUUUGAGCCCAGAUAUUGUAGCAUUCUUCAAAAUAUAUCAUGGCUUUGAAGAUUCUAAUCGAAAAUAUCAGUGGCUGCAGGUAAUCAGACAAGUAUAGAUGAAAGUCAAGCUGAGGGACCCAGCUAGUCCAGAAACUCAACAACACUAUAUGGAUUCAUCUUUGUCUCAAACUGUAUUGCAUAUAUUCAACAGACAGGGAGAAGGCAUACUGUGAUGUUUUUUUUGUAAAAAGAGAUGAAUUAUAGGCAAUAUAGAAAUCGAAAUUAGAGCAACUACUUUCUGUUCGUUCUUAGGAAAGGAAAAACUGGGAGCUCUACCCAGGUCCAGAAGGACUAUGAUUUGCCAAGUCUCUUCUGGGAAAAAAUAAUUGAUUGGUGCUGAAGGCCCCAAAUUUCAAUAAAACGACUAGAAAUAGUUUUACGAAUGCAAGCCAUAUAGAAACACAAGUAUGGUAAAAAAGAAACUCAAUGAAUCAAAUAUUCCAGAGUCCAGGAUGAAUUGCCCAUCUUUUCUUUUGUGAGACUGGAGACACUAUAGUGAUGAAAGAAGACAUUUGAUAUUUGUUGAAGACACUGCUAGCACAUUUCUCCUGUAGAUGGGACUUAGGCUUCCCUGUGAAGAAGAAUAUUGUUAUUAUAACAAAGAAAUCAAGAACAGAAUUUGGAGAUGGCCCCAAACUGUGACCAGCCAUAGCAGGGUUGCAGCAGUUGCAGUGGAAAGUGGUGGACUUACCAUGAGUAAUUGAUCAAUGAGCUACUUUACAACCUAACUUAUUCUCCAUUCACCUGUUAAUUUAAGCAGAGGUACCUCUGUGCAGAGAAUGAACAUCUGGAUCAACAUCUUGAAGAAUUUUGUCUUAAAAAAGCUAUCUGGUUAACUUGUUAGUGUUUAUUACAAUAAACAAAGGUGUACAUGUUAAAGAAAAUAUAUUUUCCUUAAGAUA